UUUCCUAUUCCAACCUCCUCUCCUUCCGUGUGUCCACAAGAACCGUAACAACUAACAAGAACCCUUUCUAUCCUUUCCUUCGCUCUCUCGUAUCCAUGGCGAUGGAGAGUUCUCUGGUAGCGGCGGCGAAGAAGAAGGGCACCAGCCAAGGGAAACAAAAGAUCCCCAUCAAGAAGAUCGAGGACCGUGCGCUUCGCCGCGUGGUCUUCAACAAGCUUCGCAGGGACCUCUUUGGCAUGGCCGCAAAGCUCUGCGCCACCACCGGUGCCCGCAUCGCCAUCAUCGUCUUCUCCCCCAGCGGCCGCCUCUUCACCUUCGGCCACCCUUCUGUCGCCGCCGUCCUUCGCGCUUUCCUCCCAGGUCGCCUUCGACGGCCAGCGGAGCCGGAGGAGGUGCUGCGCGGGCCCGCGUUCGCCGAGGCCGAGGAGCGCGCGUCGACCCUGGAGGCGCCGGAGCGCCGACUUGAGAGGCUGGAGAAGUUGCGGAGACUGGCGCUCGCAAGAGCCCACGAGUUGGCGAGUGCGAGGGAAGAAGCGGAAGCGGCCUCCAAGACGACGGACGUCGACCCCGUCACUGCUACUCCGGACGACAUCCCUGCCAGAGAUUGAACGCAGGGAGACGUACUUGCGCUGCUGGGAGCGAGGUUAAUAGGUGGUGUUCCUCCUCCUCCUACAACUACUACUUGAUUCUUAUGUUUUCUUGCUCAAGAUACUUCGCUCCAUUAACAAGAAUAUUAAGAUUUGUACAUAAAGGGUACCUUUUAGUAAACAGAGUUUGAUACCAGAGGGUUUCUAAAAUCUUGAUUCUUGAUCAAGAUUUUCCAGAGGGUAAGUAGCAAUUAGGCAUGGAUGUCAGAAUCAGUGCAAAAGAACGACUGACAUAGGUGAUCAUGUGUUUUACAUACUGGUUGUGGAAAGAAUAGUAGAAAUGGAUAAGAUGAGACAACAGUGAUGUUUUGUUGUCUUGUUUCUAUGGAUUA